CGUAACAGCGAAGAAAGACAGCGGAGAAUGGAAGCAGAGAACAGCAGCUCUUCCUGCAGCUUUUCCACUAACUGGAUCGUCGAGCAGGGAUGUCUAGAGAAUUCUAUCACUUUCGAGUCUUCAGUUUCUCCGAUCGAUGAAGACGUCGAUGCAAGUUCGAGAGAUCAUCUCCUGCUCAAGCCCGAUUCACCCGAUUCUGGACCUUGCGAAAUCAAGAUUAUUUUUAGGCAGAAACAUGAAGUCCGACAGGUCUAUGUUCGCAGUACUGCUCGAGUAUAUGAGAUAUAUUAUGCAACCAACCAGCAGAGCAGUAAUGAAUAUCUCUGCACAGUACGCUGUGGAAUUGUUGCUAAAAGUGAAAUAGUUCACCACACAAAUGAUAGUGGAGAAACAAUUGUUGCAAAUCCAAUGAAAGAAGAGAAAGUUAAGAAUGGCAGUCAUAAUAGCACCAAUGAAGAUGACUGGGUAGAAGUUAAGGUCCCUGAUUCUCCAUCACUUGAUAGCAAUGCCACUUUUCUCCCCAAAAAGAAUGAAUUAAAUAUGGAUCGAAGCAUUCAGGAUCUUUACGAGGCUACAGCAGAGAUUACUGAUGCAAGCCCCUGCACAUCUCUUACACUUCGACUGCUAUCACUUCAGACCAAAGGAUGUCUUCAUCUACAGGAGAUUUACAUAUUUGCUGAUCCUGUUGAAUCUUCUGAUUCAGAUCAUGAAGUGGGUCUGAUGGAAAAACCAGCAGGAAGUUCUUUAAUGGCCAUGCUUGUUCCCACUCUUCUGCAGCUAUCUAAAUCUGGAAUUGGCCAAACACGAGAAAGGAAUGUUUCUAAUAUCAGAGAGACAUACAAUCAUUGGGGUGGUAACUCAGAGACAGCUGAAUUAACCAACCCUUCAACUUGGAGGAUAAUAAAGGAAGCUGAAUCCAGCAUGGCUGAUAAACAGAAACCGGAAAUCCAAUGUGCAACUGGGGCUACUGUAGAAUCAACCCUGUCUGGAUCCAGCAUAGCUGAUCAACAGGAAAUAAAAAUGCAAGAAGUGGCUGUGGCCAUGGCAAAGUAUUGUGAACCACAACCCAGCAUAGCUGAGCAGCAUGAAGUGAGAAGGGUUGCUGGAGAAACCACACAGUUAAAAUCUGAGACACAGAUGAAAGGUACAGAACACAGAUCUGAUUCUGUAAUCGAAGAAAAUGGUUUGCCUUGUAGUCGUUUGGAGAAAAUUUUGGAUCAGCUGGUUUGUCGAAUGGACAGAAUAGAAGCUGUCUGUUCUAGGUUCGAAGAAAACAUGUUGAAGCCCAUCAGUAGCAUGGAGACGAGGCUCCUGCGACUGGAGCAGCAACUGGAGGCCCUUACCAUGAGAUCACAUCCUUCUGGAAGGUACUCAUGCACAAGGAUUGCUGCUCCUGAAUUUUCAUGCAAUGAAUCUGAAUCCAGCUCCUGUGUAGAUGGGAAUGAUAGAUGCUGUUAUGGUGGUCUGGAAUCUGCUGAGAAAGAUACAGAUUUUGAUAAAUUGUCACCUGCAACUGAUAAUGCUAUAGUUGAUGCUUCUCAAUCUCUUCCAGGUCUGGUAGUUACAGCUCCUGAAUUUUCAAAUGGUGAUGAUGAUGAUGAUAAUCACAAUGAUAUUAAGAGUUGUAGUGAUUCUUCUGAGUCACUGAAGGAGCCCAUAACAGUGAAGUCAUGUCCAUCCAUUGAUGAUGCUUUAGCUUUGGCACUUGCAGGAUUCUUAACUUCAACUUCGAUUCAAUCUCCACAAAUUUCCCAAUCUUUAAAAAUUAGUGCUCCUGAUUUUCCAAAUGAAGAGGAUCAUGACAAUGACAAUUUGGCUUCACCAAUAAUUUCAUGUGAAAGGCUUGCAGAUCUGGUCACACAUGUUGAACAAAGUGGCACGGAGAGGGUAAAUAAUUCAUUUUUAGAUCCCUGUGACACUGCUUCUCUAGAGAGUGAAGUGAAAGUGAUGCAGUCACCCGAUAACACCCCUACUGAAGCUACCAAUGAAGCAGCUUGUAGGCAGGAGGAUAGGACAGAAGUCAGUUGCAAUGUAACAAGGACAGAUGAUCUGAUGGGCGGAAAGGAAACCAGCAUUGAAGAAAUGAUAGAGAGAACAUGUAAUGGGGUUCCACCAAAUGAGGAAAAGGCUGAAGAUAGAGUACCUUGGAAUGAAACCAUCAUCCAGAACCAGUCUCCCGUAAGCCGGGCUGGUGAAAGGCAUGACAGUACUGUGGACGGAACUUUCACCGAGGGAGAUCUUUCCCUGGAGCUCGAUGACGAUAGAAAUCCAGGUACAACUACUAAGGGUGUUACUGCACCUAAAUUCACCACUGCAAUGGAGGUCCAGGGUGCAGGAUACAAGGACGUGUUGCUUCAUGUUCCAGAUCAACCUAUGGUGGAUUUCAAACUUCCCCUCCUUGAUGUAAAAUUUGUUGUCCAAGAACAUUGGAAGGCUACAUCUCCUCUUGAAGCACUUCUAAAUGACAUGACGGAAACCAGGAAAGAAGUUUCUUGUGCCAGUAAUGGAGAUGAUGGUGUCACAACCGAUGAGAAACACCACAUUUUCUCUCUGGAGGACGAUGAACCUAAUGCGCCUACAGCAUCUGACCAGCCUUUGUUGGACGUAGAUGAUCUCACUCAGAAAAACGAAACUUCAAACUUGGAAAGCGAACCCCCACAGGAUCUUUCUCCAUGCAGCAACCAGGAGCCAUUCCCAAGUCUCAUUUGAGAACGAUUGUUUGUUAUAUUAUACGUGCCAUCUUGUAUAUUAKAUAGAAUAGACCAGUGAAAAGUGGGAACCAUCAAUGUAUGCUACAGAUCUGACCAAUGGAUUAAUUACUUGACCAUGAGUUAAUUUUCCUUCA